AUGUCUCUAUCAGCCUUAGCACAGCCCAUCACUCUGAAACUUUCAGGCAAGGUCAUCAAGAACCGAAUAUAUCGGACGCCUCUCAGCGAGUACGCGUCGACGUACGAUGAGAAGGAUAUUGAGAAGACGGGCAUCCCGAAGCCUAGAUACACCGAAUUAUAUCAAGAACUCGCUGACGGUGGCGCGGGACUAAUCUGCUUUGGAAACAUUCCAAUCGACCGCGAGAACCUGGAAAAUUACAACAAUGCGGUCCUCGACCCGCGCAACCCCUGGGACCCCGUCGCGGCAUUCGCCCCUGCCAUCCGCGCCGCCCGGUCUCGUGGCGCCCUGUGUCUCCCCCAGCUGCAAUUCCCAGGCCGGCAGGUGCCCGAGUUUCUGAACCCGCGGCCCAAGUCCGCAUCCGACGUGCAGCUCGGCCCAUGUCUGAACAAGACCUACGGAAAGCCUGUCGCUCUGACCAAGGCCGAGAUCGCGGAGCUCGUCGGCCGCUAUGUCUGGGCAGCUGACGUGCUGGCACAAGCUGGUGCCGAUGGGAUCAUUCUCCACGGUGCACAUGGAUAUAUUCUGAAUCAAUUUCUCUCGCCUUUGACCAACCGGCGGACAGAUGAGUACGGAGGGAGUCUUGAAAAUCGCGCGCGAUUUAUCCUGGAGAUCGUCAAUGCCAUAAAAGCAAAGUUGCCGUCAGAUCAAUUUGUUAUCGCUGUCAAGUUCAACUGCCAAGAUUUCAUCCAAGGCGGCCAAUCCUUCGCCGAGCAAUGUGUGGUGAUCAAAUGGCUCGAGGAGGCCGGGGUUGACUUCUUUGACAUCUCGGGUGGUACGUAUGAGUCGCCAGCCUGGCGCGGAAACAUCAUGACAGAGUUGGCCGACCGGCCCUCGCAGAAAGCCCGGGGUAGUUAUUUCGUUGAGUGGGCGCAAGAGUUGAAGAAGGUUCUGUCGCGCGCCGUCAUCGGCACUACAGGCGGCUGGCGCGACAGCCAUCGUAUGGCCGAAGCUGUGGAAAACGGCGACGUUGAUAUGAUCGGACUCGGUAGGACGUUGAGGGAAGACCCGUUCUUUGUCACCAAAGCCAUCAAAGGUGAAGUCAGGUUGAGCAAAUUGUAG